AUCGAUUUGAUUUUUUUUAAAAAUGCGUGAAGUCAUAUCUAUUCAUAUUGGACAAGCUGGUGUACAAAUGGGGAAUGCUUGUUGGGAAUUAUAUUGCUUGGAGCAUGGUAUUCAACCGGAUGGUCAGAUACCAACUGAAAAACCUUGUAGUGAUAACGAUGAUAGCUACAAUACAUUCUUUUGUGAAACUACUGCAGGAAAACAUGUACCACGAGCGUUAAUGGUCGAUUUAGAGCCAACUGUUGUGGAUGAAAUACGUACUGGGGCAUAUCGUUUAUUAUUUCAUCCCGAACAAUUAAUAACGGGUAAAGAAGAUGCUGCUAAUAAUUAUGCCCGUGGACAUUACACAGUUGGAAAAGAAAUUGUGGACAUUGUGUUAGAUCGUAUACGAAAAUUAGCUGAUCAAUGUUCUGGUCUGCAAGGUUUUGUACUAUUCCAUUGUUUUGGUGGGGGUACUGGAUCAGGAUUUACAUCGUUAUUAAUGGAACGUCUUUCAGUAGAUUACGGUAAACGUUCAAAAUUAGAAUUUGCUAUCUAUCCAGCCCCACAAAUUUCAACUGCGGUUGUAGAACCAUACAAUGCAGUUUUAACGACCCAUACAACAUUGGAACACUCUGAUUGUGGAUUUAUGGUCGAUAAUGAAGCUAUUUACGAUUUAUGUCGACGUAAUUUGGAUAUUGAACGUCCUACGUAUACAAAUUUAAAUCGUUUAAUUGGACAAAUUGUUUCAUCUAUAACAGCAUCGUUACGUUUUGAUGGUGCCUUAAAUGUGGAUUUAACGGAAUUCCAAACAAAUUUAGUACCAUAUCCACGAAUUCAUUUUCCAUUGGUAACGUAUGCACCGAUAAUAUCCGCGGAAAAAGCAUACCAUGAACAAAUUUCGGUAAGUGAAAUAACUAACGCAUGCUUUGAACCCAACAACCAAAUGGUGAAGUGUGAUCCACGUCACGGGAAAUACAUGGCUUGUUGUAUGUUAUUCCGUGGGGAUGUUGUGCCCAAAGAUGUGAAUGCAGCGAUUGCCACGAUUAAAACACGCCGUACUAUUCAAUUUGUUGAUUGGUGUCCGACGGGCUUUAAGGUGGGUAUCAAUUACCAACCACCUAGCUGUGUUCCAGGUGGUGAUUUAGCUAAAGUUCAACGAGCUGUAUGUAUGUUGGCAAAUACCACAGCUAUUGCAGAGGCAUGGGCACGAUUAGAUCAUAAAUUUGAUUUGAUGUAUGCAAAACGGGCGUUUGUUCACUGGUAUGUCGGUGAAGGUAUGGAAGAAGGUGAAUUUUCUGAGGCACGUGAAGAUUUAGCCGCUUUGGAAAAAGAUUAUGAAGAGGUCGGAAUGGAAACGUGCGAUAAUGAAGGGGGAGAUGAUUAUUAG